AUCAAAACAUCAUCCAAUCCCUCCAUCACCCACUCCAUUAUCGAGUAUCCAUCCACCAUUGACAACACACCCACGAAGAUGAACACCACCAACACCUCUGAUGGAUUGAUGAACGCUGACAUGAGCAGCGGGUUAAGCUACGGCGCCAUCAGCCUCACCAUUUGCAUUCUGAUCAUCACCAUCACCGCUGUCACCCUUGCUUGCUACUUCUGUGACCGGGCCCACUCAUCCCCACCCCACCAGCCUCAAGAGCUCCACAGGCCCCCUCAUCAGCCGCCCGUAGCUGACAAUGAAGUGCACCUCGAUGAAGCCACCCUCUUGAGCUACCCCACGCUACUUUACUCGCACGCCAAGAUCCACAACAAGGACACCACCUCUUGCUGCUCCAUCUGCCUCGCUGAUUACAAGGACACGGACAUGCUGCGGCUGCUGCCUGACUGCAGGCACAUCUUCCACGUUAAGUGUGUGGACACCUGGCUGCGACUGCACCCGACAUGCCCUGUUUGCCGCAUGUCGCCCCUGCCGACCCCGCUCUCAACCCCUCUUGCAGAGGUUGUCCCGUUGGCAACCCGGGUAUGA